AUGAUUUUCAACCCUGUCCUUGCUUGUUUGGCUGGAGGACGCAACAAGGCAGUGGGAGCUAAAGCGUAUGAUCUUCACAACGCUGCGCUGGCGUCAACUGGGCUCUCUAUCCUUACUCCUGAGACCAUUUGGGAUGUUGCCAAGCCGGAGAUUCCCCUCUGGGUCGGCAGAAUGGGUGGCCUGGCUGUAGUGAAGGUUCCUUAUGCUAACGCAGAUGGGACUUGGGGAACGGAGACAGACAGGCUGCUGCUGAUGGACAGCCGGGACUUCAACAGGCUUGGUGUUGGUGUGGAUGAUUUGAUUGAGGCCUACAUGCAGACUAUCCUGGCAGUGACCGCUAUCGACCGGCUUUGUGGAAAGCUAAUAACACCGAAGGGAAAUUUCGGCCUGAAGCUUUUUGGAUCUCUGAACCCUGACGUCAAGCUCUUGGAUGAGCUGUACACGCUUCCACUGCAUUCUCUUCCUGUGGAAGGUACCAGCGAGUCAUCUUGCCUGGUGAAGCGUGCAGCAGAUCAAGCAACGGAGCAAGAAGACGCUCUUGCACAAGAGCUUCAGCUGGAGGUCACAGUUGCAGCUCCUCCUGGAAAGAGAGGGAGGGUUCUCUGA